AAUAUAUAUUUUAUUUUCUCUUGGCAUUGAGCGAAAGCCAACAGCCCCACUAGACCAAGCCUCUUCACUUCAGUCACCGGAGCAUCCGUGAGAGUGUGAAACAUACGCCACCGCCGGAGAUACUGAAGUAUGGACCUGGAUGACUUCGAUGAACUGGGCGGACCGAAACAGGUUCCUUCACGAACAUCUAAAUUCGCGCCUAAAUCCUCCAAAUUCAAGCCCCAGCCAAAAGAAAAAGUGAAAACAGAGCCAAGUGCAAAACCAGAACUACAGGAAUCGGUUUCGGUACCGAAAGUAGAACCUCAAAAAGCAUUCUCUGAUAAGAAAAAUGAAGGAGAGGAAGAAGUUAAACCUAAAAUCGAAACCGCACCUAAGACUGAACCAUCGGUCUCCAACAAUGGUCAUGUGAAAAUGGAAAUUGAUGGUAAGGUGGAGGUCAGGGCGCUGCCGAAGGUGAAUGAUCCCAUGGAUGAAGACAAACACGAAGAAGAAGCUGAAGGAGGGGAAGAAGAAGAAGAAGAGGAUAUGAUUGUUCGUGAAAUUGAUGUCUUCUUUACGCCCUCCAUCGAUUCUGACACUCAGUUAUAUGUUAUGCAAUAUCCUUUGAGGCCGUGCUGGAGACCAUACGAAUUGGAUGAAAAAUGCGAGGAGGUUAGAGUGAAACCUCAAAGCACGGAAGUGCAGGUUGAUUUGUCUAUAGAUGAGACUACCAACUGGGAUCCUGCUCAAGCCAGUAAACUCAAUCUGAAAAAGCAGACUCUGUCAUCUUCAUUUAUGCCAUCUUGUACAACUGGCUAUGCAGUUGGAGUUCUGAUUGGUAACAAGCUACACCUGAAUCCAAUUCAUGCAGUGGUGCAGCUUCGACCAUCUUUGGAACAUGUUAAUUCCAAUGACUUGAAAAGGAGGAACAUUGCCUCUUUUAACAUAGAUCCUACUGUUAAGAUUGGAGAUUCUAGUGAAGGGAAGCCUAUUGGUCCAUCAAAGAAGCAGAUCAAGCGGACAGAGGUAGCAAAUGAUCAAAUUUCAGAUGCCGAGAAGUCUUGGAUUUCGCUCAAGUACCAUGGCUCCAAAAGUGAUUUCUCUUCUAGUUAUCUGCAGAAAAUGAUGGCUGAAGAAGGUUCUCCCAUGGAGUUUACAAUGAGCCCGUACGACUAUAUGAGUUCAUUGUGUCCUGUGGCAUCCAACAAUGCUAAAUCUAAAGGUCCUUCAAGAAGAUUUUUGCUGUCUUUGCCACUAGAAGAACGUAUGAAGAAAUUGCUUAUAGAGGGGCCUCCAGUUCAAAGGUUUAGUGUUCUUAAGCACUUUGCUCCAGAGGACACUGUUGAAGAUGUCUUAACAGUUGUUCAGAAGCAUGGACAAUUAGUGCAGGGACUUUGGGCUCCAAGGACUGCUUUGCUGUUUCCAGAUUCAAAGGAAGUUUACAAACCUCCUGCUAGAGAUUAUAUUCUUCUUUUAUUUAGCAAGAGUUUGGUGAUCAGCACUUCACAAAUUACCAGCUUGCCCGCGAGGCUUAAAGAACCUGUCAGAGCCUUUCUCAAUUUGUUUGCUGUUGAAAGGCCUUCCUUCAGGGAUUGGAAGUUUAAAGAGUCACCAGAUGCAGCAUUUAUGAAACUCCACCCUGAAGUUGUUAAAAAGCAAGUAGUAAUUUGGGAAGGAGUAGAGAAAAAAUUGACCGGCUUUCUUUCUUCUUCAAGUAAAGGUGGAAAACAAAAUGAUAAACGACAGCCCACCUUGGCUCAUAAUCUUACAAAAGAACUCGAUCCUCACAAAAUUGCACCCAAAAGUGCAAGUGUAAAUAGAGUGCCCAUUAGAACAACUAUAACAUCUGAAAGUCGAGAAGCUUUACUAAAGGUCCUGCCAAAAGUUCUUCAAACUCACAAGGUUUGCAGCUUUGAAUUGAUUCGCCAAGGUUUGCGGGACUUGGCUGUUUCUCAGUCUACUCUUCCAAAGGCAGAUCCUAGGAUUGCAAAACUUGCAGCAGAUGGUGCUGAUGCACCUCUAGAGGAGCUUCAAGAAAUCAUAAGUGAAGUUGCAACCAAUAUUCAUGGUUCUUAUGUUCUGAAGUCAUCUCCAGAUCACCCGCAAUAUGAUGUGUUGAGGAAAGUUGUAAUUGAUCUCCUAUUGGCGAGGGGUCCCAAUGCAAAGCUUAAGAAGUCUGAAGUCUAUGAAGCAGCCAAGCUUGUUUUGAAGAGGGAUAUUAACACAACUGAAUAUACCAAGGUCAUGACUGAUUUUUGUGAAUCCAAAGCUUCUGCAUGGGUCUUGAAGAGUGGUGAUGGAAAGCCUUCAUGAUUUUGUAUCACACCUUACGUUUAGAGGAUGAGGAAAUAGUUACAAGCAGGAUCGGGCGGCAACAACAUUCAUCAAUUCAUACUAUUUAGCAGUGUGCGGAAAGACGCUUGUUGGUUGUACAUUGGGGAGGUAUAUUGCUAACUGGCAAGAUGUGUUCUAAACCUGAUGAUGUUAAAAGGAAGCCGCCCUGAGAUCCUGACACUCAUAUGGCUAUAUCCAAGCAGUUCAUAAGUGAGAGUUUCAAACCAAUGGAUAGUUUACAGUCCGAUUUGCCCGUUAAGAGAAAAUUUUGUUUCUUUUUUUAUUUUUAUUUAAUUUUUAGAAUAUGGUACUGUGAGAGUAACAUAAAGCUUCUCUAUUUUAUUUCUUACAUUUGACGUCUGUGCAUAAUUGUCUCUGUUUAACUAUUUCAGCCUACACCUUUUACCUUUAAAUAGAGAUAAAACCUUUUUCUUUUUCUUAAA